CAUUCGUAUGCGUCUCGAUGUAUCUAUACUUGACGCACAGGGCGAUAUAGAGAUCGAUCAGUCAAUCAGCAACAAAGUGAAUGCCGUACAGCGGAGUGUGGCUCAGUGCCUCAAUUCAAACGGAGGAUCGGCGAAUUUUAAUGAGAUUGUGGAACAUGUGUCCAAGCGAUGGCAAACGCUGAGAAAGAGAGACGGCCUGCCCUACCACACCCGCAUUAAGUGAGUGCUCUGUGGGGCAGAGACGCAAAUGGUUUGUUGGUGCAGUGCUAGUGCUGCAUACAGGUCAACUUCUUUUGAGACAAUUCAGAGACAUGUGCGAGUGAGUUGUGCCUCUGAUUCAGGCAAAGUGGGUGUACGGCCUUCCUGGCGCUUGCUAUAUAUAUGUCAUUCUUGUUGUUCGAUUGGCGCGUGCGGCGGUGCGUUAAUGGCCCCUACGUUUGCUCGUGCUAGUUAACGGGGACUCGUGAUGACAGGCGGAUGCCAUUGGAAAACAGUGCUCAGACUUGUCACAGUCGGAUGCGCACGCCAUGGAGCACUGCGUGUUGAGCAUCAAGACAUAUGUGUUAGGCUCAUACCGUUGGCUAUACUCAUCACCAACCACAAUAGCUCUCGUCGGUCGCUGUGCACUCUGAUACACACCACACAAGCAUUUUGACAGCCCACACCCAUUCGGUGGACACUCGCGCAGGGAAACUUUAGUGUACUUUACAUACGUGUGAUGGAGAACUUUAAAAACCCAGUUUAUUAGCCUAGCUUUAGCGCUAACGGUGAUACUGUGAGAAUGCGAUGUUUGUUGGGCUGGUUAGUGGCUGACGAGUUUGCCACGACUUCUGUAGGAUUGUACAUCAAUAACGGGGUAUCAGAAUUCGACGGCGACUUUUACACGUUCUCCUCAUAUUGAUAGGCGUAACUUUGCUGGACACGUUCAGUCUUGCACGUGUGUCAUAAGUUUGUUUGGCAGAUAUAUGCGCAGCUAAUAUGCGCCAGGGGUUUGAUAGUGACAACCCUGGGUAUUCAACACUGAUUAAAGAUAUCGAUUGC